AAAAGUAAGUAAAUAAAGAUGUACAUGAGUGAAGUCGUUAUUUAUACCCUUCCUGUCACAUAUUUCCAUACCACUGCUAUAGUGCUAUUCAUCAUUUACUCUGUAAACAAUAAACCCUAAUUCCGUUAAAGACAUUUCCUUUCUAAAAAUGGAGACGAUGACAGCAAUGAUGGAGCUCGACAAGCUCCCAGACCCAUUCUCUCUCCCUUUCCAACACCUUUCUUGUUCACCCAACAGAGUAUUCUCCGGCGAAAGCUAUACCAAUAACCACCCCACAACACCACCGCUGCAACCACAACCAUCCUUUUUCAGUCACUCGAUGCCACCGCCAUCUCCAUCCAAGACCUCAUGUAAGCCGGUUCCAGUGGAUGCGAUGAGGGAGAUGAUAUUCCAGAUGGCGGCGUUGCAGCCAGUUCAGAUUGACCCGGAGUCAGUGAAGCCACCGAAGAGACGAAACGUGAAGAUAUCGAAGGACCCACAAAGUGUAGCGGCGAGACACCGGAGAGAGAGGAUUAGUGAGCGGAUUCGGAUACUUCAGAGAUUAGUUCCCGGUGGUACAAAGAUGGACACGGCGUCGAUGUUGGAAGAGGCUGUCCAUUACAUGAAAUUCUUGAAAAAACAAGUGCAGUCUUUUGAACAGGCGGCUGCUGGUGGUAGUAUGGCGGCGAUGGUAAAGACAGAAGCUGACGUCGGUGGUUUGCUGCUACACCGGCGGCAUGAAUCGUGGUGGUGAUCGAUACGGUGAUAGUAUUUACUCGAAUUAUCGGAGUACCGGAUGGCAGUUUGAUGAUCAUUUGAUCGAUGAUAUAUUUUAUAGAGUGUAAAGAUCUAUGAUUUUAAUGCUGCUAAUUGGAUUGUAGUUUAAUCGGUGGGAAUUUGAAUUUAUGAAACCAUUUACUAAUAAGUUACAAAUAAGUUAACUUUUGUUUUAGAUAGAGGAUGGCCUCUUUUGGUUAUUAAAAUUAUAAUUUAAAGGAAUCAUGUUAGAAUAUACAAAUUAGUGACGUACAUGUUAAA